AUGCCUUCCUUCGAGAUCUUCAAAAAGGUCCCCCACGAGUCGCAUCCGUCAUUCCUCAACUUGAUAAUACUGGUCUUUGGAGCUGUGCUGGAGGUGGUGUGCGUCAGUCUACCCGGAUAUGUCAUCGCAAGACUCGGCCACUUUGACGCGGAAAAACAGAAGUUUCUGGCCAACCUCAAUGUCAUGCUAUUCACGCCAUGUCUGAUCUUCACCAAACUCGCGUCGCAACUGAAUGCCGACAAGCUUGUCGAGCUGGGUGUCAUUCCCGUCAUCUUCAUCGUCCAGACACUUGUCUCCUACUUCGUCUCGAUCGGCGUCUCGAAAAUUUGCCGACUUAAGAAGCGACCUGCCAACUUUGUCACUGCGAUGGGCGUAUUUGGCAACUCCAACUCCCUUCCGAUUUCUCUCGUCAUCUCGCUAUCGCAAACACUCAAGGGGCUUCACUGGGACAAGGUCAAGGGAGAUAAUGACGACGAGGUUGCAGCCCGGGGCAUCCUGUAUCUCAUGAUCUUCCAACAGCUGGGUCAGUUAGUCAGAUGGAGCUGGGGCUACCACGUUCUCUUGGCACCACGGGACAAGCAGGAUGACGAAUGGGAACAAGGCAUUGAAGAUGAUAGAAUCGAGGAGGGUAGAUACAGGGACAACGCGCCGCUUACUACCGAGGACGUGCUGAUCCCAGGUCUCGAUGGCAGCAAUGCAGACGAUGCUCACAGGGACGAGUCGGAUGAGUCGGAUGUAUACGAGCCAGCCGGCAGGACACCGGUGGUGGGGACAUCAAGGGCCUCCCCAGCCGAUUCGGAAGAUGAAAGUCAUGGAACCCGCAAGCCGAACAGAAGCAUCUACGCGUCGAUUAAGAAGCGCUCGAAUGGUGUUAAUGGCACCGGUAGCUCCUCCGAGUCUUUCGGCCUGCCUGUCAACGGACCGGACAGCGACAUGAUGUCCUUUCCUCGUAUGCGCGAGUCCAACGAGCGCGAAAUUCCCGAUGGGAUCAGAGGGCAUUUCGUCCGUGCCAAGUUCAAUGCCAAGAAGAGCAUCGCAAUCUUGAAGCGGAGAAGCGUCGACACAUCAUCAAGGGCAUACCAAUGCCUACCUAGACCUAUGCAAGCUAUAUUAGCUGGUUCAUGGUCUGUAUGGAUAUGUUUUUACCAUUUUCUGUGGGAGUUCAUGAACCCACCCUUGUGGGCCAUGCUCAUUGCCAUCAUCGUUGCCUCGGUUCCCGACCUUCAGCGCCUCUUCUUCCGAGAAGAAUCCUUUGUCAAGACUAGUGUGACCAGCGCCAUAUCCUCGAGUGCCGGCGUCGCAGUUCCCCUGAUUCUAGUGGUUCUGGGUGCCAACCUUGCUCGAAACACACAGAACAGAGCGACUACGGACCCCGAGGAGGAGCAGAUCGGCACCCGACUUCUGGUUGCAUCGCUGCUCAGCCGCAUGGUCCUACCCACGCUCAUCAUGGCGCCUGUUAUCGCUCUCUUUGCCAAAUACGUACCUGUCAGCAUCCUGGACGACCCUAUCUUCGUCAUUGUGUGCUUCCUACUUACUGGUGCACCAAGCGCACUGCAAUUGGCACAGAUUUGCCAGAUCAACGGGGUGUACGAAGGGGUCAUGGGGAAGAUUUUGUUCCAGAGCUACGUCAUCUGGAUUUUGCCCUCGACCUUGAUACUCGUCAUGCUGGCUCUCGAGACUGUCGAGUGGGCAAAAUAA